AUGCCGCCUCCGGUCGAAGAUACUUCUGACGAAGAAGCGGGAGACAUUCCGUUCAACACUGCCAAAGAUGAUACCCCUGAGAGUACCUCUGGUGUGAAGAAAGAUCAGAGUGAAGACGGGAAAAACGAUGUCAAGAAGGCAAAUGGAGACGACUCCAGUGAGGAUGAAGAAGACGAGGAGGGCGUUUACGUCGUCGAAUCAAUCCUCACUCACGACUUCUUAAAGGGAACCCUCUUACUGCACGUGAAAUGGAAGGGAUAUGACAAGGUAGAAGAUAUGACCUGGGAGCCUGAGGAGAACCUGCUGGAUGGUGCUCAUGAUAUUCUGGCGGCAUACUAUAAAAAGAUCGGUGGGCGGCCGCAGAAGCCUUCGCCGCAGACUCCAGCAAAGGCGGGUCCGGGCCGUAAGCGCAAGUCAAUGGGCGAAUCCAAGGUAGCGCCAGUUGAAGCCCCGAAAUCUGAGACCAAGAGGCGACGAAAAUCGGCAGCCCAGACUCAGGCUUCGGAGACUCCGGCCUUGACAGAGGACAACAGUGAGAACGAGGAUCAGACCGACUGGGUUCCCGCGGGAAAAAACUGGGACAAGGAACUGGAUGCCGUUGAUACGAUUGUUCGCGACCCGGAAAGCCAGGGUCUUUUUGUGUUAUUGGUAUGGAAGAACGGCAAAAAAUCACGGGUUUCCAUCGAGACUUGUUACGAGAAGUGUCCACAGAAGAUGCUGAAGUUUUACGAAAGUCACCUGGUGUUCAAGGAUACUUGA